CAUGCGCCUUCUUAGCGCAGUCCGCCAUUUUGUGAAACGGGCUGGGGGCGAUUAAACGGUGAGCUGGAAAUCGUAAAGGCUUUCUUUUCCUGGUUGUUAUUUUGUCUCCCUUCUAGAAUCCGUCGGAUCUGCCUGAAAAGCGGAAAAAAGCCGUGAAAAAGCAUUGCAGAAGAGCUUGUGAAAAUGGAAAACGAAAUGGCAGAGGCCAUAAUGGAGGACUCUGAGACUUUCAUGAAGCGAAAAGAAACCAAAACCUAUCAAAGACGUCGAGAAGGUUGUACAGAGGAUGAUGGUUGUGUUGUCGUCCAGACCCAGGCAGAAGUAAGUGAAGUGCCUCAUGAUGUAAAUAGCAACGUUCAGAUGGUGAUGAUGGAGCAGCUUGAUCCUGCGCUCUUGCAAAUGAAGACAGAGGUAAUGGAAGGUGUAGUCUCUCAAGAAGGAGAUGCCACUGUGGAUGAUACACAGAUUAUUACACUACAAGUUGUGAAUAUGGAAGAGCAACCCAUUAAUUUGGGGGAGCUUCAGCUUGUUCAAGUUCCAGUAGCGGUUCCUGUAGCCACUGCUUCAGUUGGUGAACUCCAAGCAGCUUAUGAAAAUGAGGUCUCUAAAGAGGGCCUUCAAGAAGGUGAGCCGAUGAUCUGUCACACAUUGCCCCUUCCAGAGGGUUUUCAGGUUGUUAAGGUUGGUGCUAAUGGUGAAGUGGAAACACUAGAACAAACAGAGCUACAGCCCCAAGAAGAGACUGGCUGGCAGAAAGACCCGGAUUAUGUACCCCCAGUCAAAAAGACAAAAAAAACCAAGAAGAGUAAAUUGCGAUACACAGAAGAAGGAAAAGAUGUUGAUGUUUCAGUUUACGACUUUGAAGAGGAGCAGCAGGAGGGAUUACUUUCAGAUGUUAAUGCAGAAAAAGUGGUUGGAAAUAUGAAGCCUCCAAAGCCAACAAAAAUAAAAAAGAAAGGUGUGAAGAAGACAUUCCAGUGUGAGCUGUGUAGUUACACUUGCCCCAGACGUUCUAAUCUGGACCGUCACAUGAAAAGUCAUACAGAUGAACGACCUCACAAAUGCCAUCUGUGUGGCAGGGCAUUCAGAACAGUUACUUUGCUUAGGAACCACCUCAAUACUCAUACAGGUACUAGGCCUCACAAAUGCCCUGACUGUGAUAUGGCCUUUGUAACCAGUGGGGAGUUGGUCAGACAUCGCCGUUACAAACAUACACAUGAGAAACCUUUUAAGUGCUCAAUGUGCGAUUAUGCCAGUGUUGAGGUCAGCAAACUUAAACGGCACAUUCGCUCCCACACUGGGGAACGUCCCUUCCAAUGCAGCUUGUGCAGUUACGCUAGCAGGGAUACUUACAAACUGAAGAGACAUAUGCGCACCCAUUCAGGUGAAAAACCAUAUGAAUGCUACAUCUGUCAUGCUCGCUUUACCCAAAGUGGGACCAUGAAAAUGCAUAUUUUACAGAAGCAUACAGAAAAUGUGGCUAAAUUUCAUUGUCCUCACUGUGACACAGUUAUUGCACGCAAGAGCGACUUGGGGGUCCAUUUGCGAAAACAGCAUUCGUAUAUUGAGCAAGGCAAGAAGUGCCGCUAUUGUGACACCGUAUUCCAUGAACGAUAUGCCCUGAUCCAACACCAGAAGUCUCAUAAAAAUGAGAAGAGAUUUAAGUGUGACCAAUGUGAAUAUGCCUGCAGACAGGAACGCCAUAUGAUAAUGCAUAAACGGACCCAUACUGGUGAAAAGCCUUAUGCCUGUAGUCAUUGUGAUAAAACGUUCCGGCAGAAACAGCUCCUUGACAUGCACUUCAAAAGAUACCACGAUCCCAGUUUUGUCCCUGCAGCCUUUGUUUGCUCGAAGUGUGGGAAAACGUUUACUCGCAGAAAUACUAUGUCACGUCAUGCCGACAAUUGCACUGGUCCUGAUGGUACUGAUGGUGAAAACGGUGGGGACGGUGAAAUCGUUCACAAAAAGGCAAAGCGUGGGCGUAAAAGAAAGAUGCGCUCUAAAAAAGAGGGAUCUACUGAUAGCGAAGACAAUGCAGAACCAGAACUUGAUGACGAGGAAGAGGAUGAUGACGAGGAUGAUGAGGAGACACCUGUUGAGAUAGAAGGUGAACAGGAGCCAGAGCAACCACUGACUCCGGUUCCCCCUCCAGCAAAGAGACGCCGUGGACGACCAUCUGGCAAAGCAAGUCAAGCAAAGCAAUCUGUGAUUCAAGUGGAGGAUCAGAGUACAGGAGAAAUUGAGAACAUCAUUGUCCAAGUCAAGAAAGAGUCUGACCAUGAUGCAGAGGCAGGGGUGGAAGCAGCUGUCCCAGCUCCUUCAGUGGAUGCACCAAAUGGAGAUCUCAUGGAGACCCCGGAGAUGAUUUUGAGCAUGAUGGACCGGUGAUGUAGGGCAACACCACAUAUUGCUGACUGGACUGGACUGGGCUGUGUUUAAAUGGCUCACUUCUAUUUUAUGUGAUUUAAUUUUCUUUUUGUUCCUUUCGGAAGGUUUCAUUUUUAAAGACCUGUUCCUGUUUUACCAAAUCUAUACCUUAAAAACACCAUUUAAAAAAAAAAAAAAAAAAUCAUGGCGUUUUUCACAUAUAUAGAUAUAGCAAUAUGUUGAGAGAAUGCAGUUGUGUAGGCGUUCGGCUACUUUGCUUGUGAGGAUACAGCAUUUGGAGCAAUGAUGUUUUAAGGCUUACUUUUUAUUUUCUUGGUCAAAGAUCAGUAAAGUGUAUUUUUUUUUUCUUUAGAUAUGUAUAUUUUACAAAAAGCUAUUAAAAAAAAUGAGUAUCAUUUAGCAUAUCACUUACCUAUUACACUUGCCAGAAAUGUGUAUUUGGGAAAUGGCUUUUAAAAAAUUGUUGUAAAUGCAAAUUAUGGCUGGGUAUGAAAUGCACAAUAUUCUGACUACUGGUAGAUAAAAUCUGAUCUCAAAUAAUCCCCAAUUCAAUAUCCACUGGUAGAAUAUUUGGCUUACUUUACUUUCUAGUUCUCUACUUGAUUUGUUGUAAAAAAAAAAAAAAUUUUCUUAAAUUUCUAUCAACCAUUGAAUAACUAUGAAAAUAUGGCAGUGCUCAACUUUUUUUGAAGUUGGCAAAGGACAUACUUGGACAGAUGCAUUGAUCCCAAAAAAUGAAGAUGAGUUUCAUUUUUUUCUUUUCAGACUUUACCUGUAUCCCGUCUCAUGUUUUCAUUAACAAUAAAUAAUCUCUUCAAUGGUAAUUGUUUUUCCGUGUCAAGUCAAAUUUUUGACAUUUCUCCAAGUAAAAUUACAUUUGUUUUUAUUUACCUUCAGCAACAAAAUCAUCUAUGAAUGUGAAAGUACCUGUAUAUUAAAUCAUGCUAAGACUUUUUUCUUUUAAUCAUUUGCUAACUUAUCUUUUUUUUUUUUCUUUUUUUUUUUUGUGUACUGCUUUUUAAGAGCAAUGAAUUUGAUAAUUUGGGUAGGACAAAACCGUUUUGUAACUUGAUGUUUUGUGAUUAUUUUAGGAGGCCAAAAUGAAUGGUUAAAAUAUUGUGAUGGGAUUCUUUUUUUAUUUUUUUUUUAAACUCCAAUGUAACUGUACAGCUAAUAAAGGAUUAAUGUAG